AUGACCUUCGACCCAAACACGAAGUACCUCUGGUAUCGCAGCGACACGAACAUUUGGAAUGAGGAGAACUUGGGCGUUUUAAUUGACCCGCGACUGUACGAACAGCCAGCAUUUAACGGGGGAAAUCAGCAAAUGGCAGAUGUGACAUUUACUCUGACGUUACAAAAUUUGACGAUCAAUCAGUCAGGACUUUAUGGGUGUCGAGCUGAAAACAGUAUCGGCUAUGACUCACGUCAGACCAAGCUUACAGUCACACACAGAUGUAUUAUUAUACCUCCAGUAUUUGCAGGUAUGAAAUAUCUCGUACUUACAGUUAUAAAGUAAAUCUUUUGGAAAUAUGGGAGCACUUGUAAGAUAUUUACCUUUUUUUUGUACACUGUCAUAAGAUUUACGAAGAUGAUAAUGAUAAUGAGGAAGGAGCUCGUGGUUGAUGAUGAUUAUCACCGGCAACCUCGUCUUGAAGAUGGGAGGGGAGGAAAAGUAUUAUAACAAUUUAAAACAACAACAACAACAAAACAGAAAGAAACUUAUCGAGAAAUUUAGUACUUUAUUUUGAAGAUUAUCUACGAUGAUCACGCACUUUGAUUUUUUUUUGCAUGUGAGUGAGAGAGUCAGAUCGUAGAGUCCGUUAUUGUCGUCUUCUUACGUAGUCAACUGAAAUUAAAUUAAUUACAAGAAAAGGUUACUGUUACAUACAAUAUCAAUCUGGCGUUUCUUAGAAGGGCUAAGAUUUUUUCUGGACCUAAAUUAGAAGGAAGGCCAACAUAUUUGGGCCCUCGUUUUAGACUUUUGUCGCCCCCACCUCCCUCCCAGAAGUGAAUGACCAUUCCCACAAAUUAAUUCGCGCAUAGAUUUUUGAGUUACGCACAUUUACUAUCUAUAAAAAUCGUCCGUGUUUAAAACCCAGAGGCCUCGGCAGGAGCACUUACAGAAUUGCCAGCGGGUCACUCAGUCAUGUUAAAGUGUAAGGCAGAUGGAGCAGCACCUCUUAAAUACACCUGGCUUAAAGACGGGAUGAUUUUAAGAGGGAGAACAUUGGACCCAUACCUGAACACUUCAAUUUGGUACUUGGAACUAAAAGACCUAGUACCUGGAGACGCUGGGGAAUACACUUGUAUAGUGUCCAAUCCAUAUGGCAGUAUAAAUCAUACAUACUCGGUCAGGGUUCAGGGUGAGUACAGGCGAGGGUGAGUUAAUUUUUAUCCACUUUCCUUGAAAUCAUUUCAUUUAGGUAUAGGGCUAACUCUCGUCAUCUUUCCAGUGUGCCACGCAAUCAUGGCGGCCGGUCACGUUUUUCGUGGCUGGUCCAUACUGCUCUUUUGGUGGGGUUGUUUGGCUACUCUGUAUUCUAA